UUCGCUCUGAGAAGGGAGGUAGCAAAUCUACGAUCUAUCUCGGUUACAUAUUCUCCUCUCCGUUCACUUUUACCAUCUCAAAAUCAUAUUUUUGUCCUUUUUCUUUCAUUGAGAUCACAAUUUUCCAGGGUUUGUUGUUUUUUUUUUUCCUUUUUUUUUUUGCACCACAAUUCUCUAGUUGAGGGAAAUGAGCUCGACGACAUUUGGAUCCGUUUCAUUCAACUCCGGGUGGCUUCGCAAGCAUGGAACCCUAAGCUCGAAUUCAAGGCAGUGCGAUGGUUCUCUUCUCCGUGUGAGAGCAUCAGUGGCUUCGUCGCCGCAAAGCUUGCGGUCUACGAAGGAGAAGAUCGAUGCUUCGGAGAAAUCGGUUCGGAUUGGGGUUUUGGGUGCCAGUGGUUAUACUGGAGCUGAGGUUGUUCGGCUCCUAGCAAACCAUCCACACUUUGGUAUCACAACAAUGACUGCUGAUAGAAAAGCUGGUCAACCGAUUGGAUCGGUAUUCCCCCACCUAAUGACACAAGACUUGCCUGCCAUGGUUGCAAUUAAAGAUGCAGAUUUUUCCAAUGUUGAUGCUGUAUUCUGUUGCUUGCCGCAUGGAACAACACAGGAGAUCAUUAAAAGCCUUCCUAAGCAGCUGAAGAUUGUUGAUCUCUCUGCAGAUUUUCGGCUGAGUAACAUAAAUGAAUAUGAAGAGUGGUAUGGCUUGCCACAUAAAGCACCAGAGUUACAGAAAGAAGCUGUAUAUGGUUUGACAGAGGUUUUGAGAGGCAAAAUACGAAAUGCACGGCUUGUCGCAAAUCCUGGAUGUUAUCCCACAUCCAUUCAGCUUCCUCUUGUUCCACUUAUAAAGGCAGGCCUCAUUGAACUGAGAAAUAUCAUUAUUGAUGCCAAAUCUGGGGUCAGCGGAGCAGGGCGUGGAGCUAAGGAGGCAAAUCUUUACACCGAAGUUUCAGAAGGCCUUCACUCUUAUGGAAUUACCAAGCAUCGCCAUGUUCCUGAGAUUGAGCAAGGACUUUCCGACGCUUCACAUUCUAAGGUGACCGUGAGCUUCACCCCGCACCUAAUGCCUAUGAGCCGUGGAAUGCAAUCAACCAUAUAUGUCGAAAUGGCACCUGGGGUGACCACUGAUGAUUUAUACCUGGAACUAUUGUCUGCUUACAAGGAUGAAGUAUUUGUCAGGUUACUGGAAAGAGGAGUUGUUCCUCACACGCGCCAUGUUCGGGGUUCGAAUUACUGCUUCAUGAACGUAUUUGAAGAUCGGAUUCCCGGCAGAGCGAUUAUUAUCUCUGUUGUAUGUAUAUUUUCAGAUGUCAAAUAUCAUCAAACAAUUGAUAAUUUAGUGAAAGGUGCCUCUGGCCAAGCACUACAAAAUCUCAAUCUGAUGAUGGGUUUUCCGGAGAACAUGGGGCUCGAUUACCAGCCAUUGUUUCCUUGAACAUCCUGCAUUUUUGGACUAGGAAUGAGGGACUCAUUGUUUUGUUGGCUUCAAAUUGGUGAUUACAAGUUAAAUUAAGUCGCGGCAAGUUAAGCAAGUCCCUAUAUGGUGCCAAUUUUGUAUUAUUAAACAUCCUCAGUAAUGUUAUAGUACAGAUAACAUAAUGCAUUGUCUGAUUCUCUUUGAAUAAUCCAUACGUUUUCUAUUUAGAAUGAUGAAAUUUUUAA